AUGCCUUGCUCUCGUGCCGCCAGUUCGCGCCGUCAGACGCAGAGGCUUUUGCUCAUAAGAUAUGUACGCACGGAUCCCGGUCAAGAUGGCUGGGAGGCGGUCGUCUUCCUCUGCGCCCUGGGCAUCAUGAUCAGCUAUGCAGACAGGUCCAAUAUCUCCAUUGCCAUCAUCGGUAUGGCCAAAGACUUUCAAUGGGAUAAGGCCUUCGAAGGCACCGUCCUUUCCGCCUUCUUCGGAGGUUACGCGGCCACACAGCUGCUCGGGGGACGCCUCGCCGAUGUCCUGGGAACGAAAUGGGUGCUGGCUGCAGGGCUAAGCACUUGGUCUUUGGCCACUGCGCUGACGCCGCUGGCGGCCGCUGCAGGUGCAGGUCCUCUGCUUGCCGUGCGGCUAGCUUUAGGCUUGGGCGAAGGAGUUGCUUUUCCAGCUGUGCAUGCAGCGAUAGCCCGGCUGGUUCCUCGAAGCCAGCAGUCCUUCGCGGUUGGACUCGUGACAGCUGCGUCCUACGGUGGAGCCGGGCUUGCAUUCCUGCUGGUUCCCGGGAUUAUCGAAAACUACGGCUGGCAGACGUCCUUUUUCGGCUUCGGCGCCUUGGCCUUGCUCUGGCUGCCACCUUGGUUGGCCGUGGACAUCGCGAGUCCAUCUGCGACGAGGUCUCCUUCAGCAGAGGCUUUCUCUCCUGCGAAGAUCGCGGAGGGCUUCGCCGGCACUCUGAAGGAGCUGCUCCCCCUCGUGCGGACGAAGGAAGUCUUGGCUAUCUGCGUGGCGCAGUACACCAACGGCUUUGGGCUUUACGGUCUGCUCAGCUGGCUCCCCACCUUCUUCGCGGAGCAGUACGGCACGGCCCUGGCAGAUUUGUUCUUCGGCUUCUUAUUGCCACCGGAGCCAGUCGAU